AUGAACAUAUUUGAGGGUGUUUUGGAACGUGAUGUUAUUAUGAAACAAGGGGGAGAUGAUAAAGAACAACCCAAGCAAAAUACUGGUGAACCUACUGAUGAAAAUGAGCAAAAACCGAAACAAUAUCCAAAUGAUCAAAAGGAUAACGAAGCUUCUGGAUCUAAAGGUAAAGAGAAAGUUAUGUUCAAUAAAGAAGAAGAGGAAGAAUUUUCUGAAUGUGAAAAACUUGUGAGAAGGAAACGAUACAAGGAGCUUGAUGAUAUUCUAAAACUUCGAAAAGAGGUUGACUCUCAGCUCAACUUUCCAAUCACUCCUAGGGAUUUUCUAUUCAGAUGCUUCGAGAAUAUUGAGAAAGCACCGCUUUAG